GUCCCUGAAGGCAGCAUAAGUAGGGGAGGUUGCUGUGUGUGGAGACUGAGUAGAAAGCAGAGGACGGAGAAAGGAGUGUGAACUCAAAAACUUGGUCCAAAACUUCGACACACUGCCAAUUUUUGACCCUAAAAGGACUCAAAUCAAUUUUCUCUCAACGGAUCCUGCUCAUCAUCUGCCAUGGCUGUGGAAGGUGGAAUGAAAUGUGUCAAAUAUGUACUUUUCUGCUUCAACUUCAUUUCGUUGUUUUGUGGACUUGCACUGAUUGUCGUGGGAGUCGUCGUGCAGGUAUCUAUGCACAAAACCUUUCGGAUCAUGGACGUCAACGCCUCUGCAGGCCCCAUUAUCCUCAUCGUGGUGGGUCUUUUGACUUUCUUCGUCGCAUUCUUCGGCUGCUGUGGAGCCUGGAAAGAGAACCACUGCAUGGUCGCCACGUUUUCCUUCUUUCUCUCGUUGGUCGUCAUUGCUGAGAUUGUUGCAGUAGUGCUUGGGUACAUAUACAGAGACAAGGUCAAAACCAUGAUAGAGAACAAUCUCUCUGAUAUGAUCACGAACUACAAGGUGGGCUCUGCAGAACUCAGAGAAACUUUGGAUAAAUUACAGGAGACUUGGAAGUGCUGUGGCGCGCAGAACUCCAGCGAUUGGAAGGAUUACGGCAGCAAUGGAGAAUCGGUGCCAGACUCAUGUUGCUUAGAGGUCAAACCAGGCUGUGGAAACGGAACCAUGACAGAUGCCGCCAAAGUGCACCAGCAGGGUUGCCGUGACGUCAUGUCGGUCUUUCUAAAGAGAGACGCUCAGUGGGUGAUAAUUGCAGCUAUCGUUGUUGCUGUCAUCCAGCUUCUGGGCAUCGUGUUUGCUUGCUUGUUGAUGAGAGCCAUCCGCGGCGGCUAUGAAGUCAUGUGAUUGGCAUGAGGUUUUUAAAUGCUGGGUGGUCAGGACCUACUUAUUAGGAGCUUCAUUUCAAAACAUUUCAUAUUCAAGUUAAAGUUCCCAUUUUAUUUACAGGAUUUUAAGUUUCUCCUUUAUAGCAAAAUCGGAGUUUUUAGUUUCACGUUGGAUCAUUAUUCCUGCUUUUAUACUGUAAAUACAUAGAGAAAGAUAAGCAGUCAGAGGAAAGCUGAUUGUCUUGGGGUUAAGAGAAAGCCUGGAGGUUUUUAAAGCGUACGGUUGAACCUUUGGAGAGUAUUUUUGAGUUAAGUUUUUAUGUUAUGGUUUAAUUUGUAAUAAAGUCUCCUGAAAUUACAGGGGUUUUCAAUAAAGACAAUUCAGAAAUAAAA